GGAGGGGGCGGGAGAAAAGAGGCGGCUGGCUCCGGCUCCGCGCUCAGCUCUGCUCUGCCUCAGGCUCUGCGCUCACCUACUGCCCAAGCCUCCCUUCCGCUCCUGCCCCAGGACCCCUGGGUGGGCUCUAGACCCCUCCCGGUCCCGACUCUCCUGGCCCCCAGCCCCUUCGCCGCCAGGGGGCGCCGUGUGAGCGCCCUAUCCCAGCCACCCGGCGCCCCCUCCCACAGCCCAGGCGGGACGGGAGGGGGUCGCCGGGGGCCAUGCGGGGCCAGGGUCGCAAGGAGAGUUUGUCCGAUUCCCGAGACCUGGACGGAUCCUAUGACCAGCUCACUGGCCACCCUCCAGGGCCUACUAAAAAAGCGCUGAAGCAGCGGUUCCUCCAGCUGCUGCCAUGCUGCGGGCCCCAAGCCCUGCCCUCAGUCAGUGAAACAUUAGCUGCCCCAGCCUCCCUACGCCCCCACAGACCCCGCCCGCUGGACCCAGACAGCGUGGAGGAUGACUUUGAACUGUCCACUGUGUGUCACCGGCCCGAGGGUCUGGAGCAGCUGCAAGAGCAAACCAAGUUCACUCGCAAAGAAUUGCAGGUCCUGUACCGAGGCUUCAAGAACGAAUGUCCCAGCGGAAUUGUCAGUGAGGAGAACUUCAAGCAGAUUUACUCCCAGUUCUUUCCUCAAGGAGACUCUAGCACAUAUGCCACUUUUCUCUUCAAUGCCUUUGACACCAACCAUGAUGGCUCAGUCAAUUUUGAGGACUUUGUGGCUGGUUUGUCAGUGAUUCUUCGGGGAACCAUAGAUGACAGGCUGAACUGGGCCUUCAACCUGUAUGACCUCAACAAGGACGGCUGCAUCACCAAGGAGGAAAUGCUUGAUAUCAUGAAAUCCAUCUAUGACAUGAUGGGCAAGUAUACGUAUCCUGCACUCCGAGAGGAGGCCCCAAGGGAACAUGUGGAGAGCUUCUUCCAGAAGAUGGACAGGAAUAAGGAUGGCGUGGUGACCAUUGAGGAAUUCAUUGAAUCUUGUCAAAAGGAUGAGAACAUCAUGAGGUCCAUGCAGCUCUUUGACAAUGUCAUCUAGCUCACCAGGAGAGGGGUCAGUUGUCCUGGGGGGCGGGGGGCAUCCUCUAGCCCUAGUCCAGUUGGACCUCAUCUUUCUCUUCCUAGCUCUCUCCUCACCCUAGACCUGCCCUAGGGCCUGUAGGAAUCCAAGAGCCUGGGGAUUCAGUGGUUCAGAUCAUUGGAGCCGAAGGAGCCAGGGAGUGGGCAGAGUGUAUCAGCUGGUAUUCCCAAUUCCCAACAGCUCCCACUCCCUACCUGACCGUGCUGAGGAUGCCCCUGCUGAAGGAAUUAAGUGGUUCUCCACCGCCAACCCCCACUCUAGAAACCGCAACACUAGACAAAAUUUCUCCUGUUAUGGUGCUUCCCCCAUCCCUGAUAUCGUAAACAUUUUCCUUAAGACACCCUUCUCAGACAGGUUGCUCUGUCCUUGGCACUGACUGACCUUUCAGACCAGGGCCUCAGAGAGCUCCCUAGGAGCGGGACAAGGCAGAACUCUCAGGCUUCAGGCAGUGGUUAAGUUCUAGGAAGUAGCUGGAAUGUAAAGCAGAAAGGCCUAGAGAUGGUGAGAGCUAAGGCUAUGACUCUGAGCUCCACAGGUCUGCCACCAGAAUGUGAGUUUCCAGGCUCUUUAGAAGACCUUGGCUCCUUAGAAACACCCCAGAAAUUUUCCAUACCAUGUUCAGUAUGCCAAGAGAUCCUGGGAUCGUGAAGUCUGGCUCAUCCCUAGAAUUUCUCUCUCUCCUUCCUUCCUGUUUGUAUGGUGGCAGCAGAAGAAUAUGGCUGGGAGAUGUCCUGGCUGAUUCCUGCCAAAGGUUCAGCCUACCAGUAUGGAGUGAGUUAGGGACCACCCAGUGGAUGCAUUGGAAGACAAGGGAAGGAGGGAGGCAGGCACAGCAUCUACACCCAAUGUGGGGGGCAUUCAUUAGAAUCUUUGAUCUACCCAGGCUUUAGUUCAACCCCCCAGAUAGCCCCCAAUUCCCAUCUAGUGUCGCCUCUUGCUCUAUUAAAUCUACCCAGAGAUGCCCCUGGACACACCUAGAAGUCAGGAAUCAUAGGAACCAGGUCCCAUAUCAUAAACAGCACCCCUGCCAUGCUGUCACCCCUUAAUAUACCUGCUUGUCCCAUUAGCUAGGAUCUGAGGGGAAGGGCCCCUGGGAAGCUCCCUUUCCCACAGAACACUGUUGACUGCUUCGCAUUUUUGGCUCCUCUGUAUAUUUUGUAAAAUAAGAACUACACCAGAUCCAAUAAAACACAAUGGCUAUGCACAGG